GUUUUUUUCAAGGUGUGGGGAGGAGAAAACCUUGAUGUGAUUGUGGGUCUACAGCCAUCCAUGUCCAGCAGGAGCUGAGGUGGCCUGUUCACAUCCAUCCACUCAGCUGCCUGUAGGUUCAUUCUGCCUCCAGCCAUGAGCCUGCCCCACAUCCCACUUCCACCCUGCCGCAGAGACAGCCUGCCACCCACCGCCUCACCCCCCAUCCCACCCGUGCCUAGUAAGCUCACCCUUAAACCUCAGAAACCUGCCAAUCUUCCACGCUACAUUCCGUCCUAUAUCAAAGUGCCUCCAAGCCCAAGCAUAUCCAAGAUGGAAGAAUACAGCGUUCAGGACAGUUCCAAAUUCGAGUUCUGUUCUCCCAGCUUGUGGCAAGACUCUUUCAAGACAUUGUAUCAGUUUUACGAGUCCGGCCAGCUGUGUGAUGUUGAGGUAAAGGCAGGUGAGAGGUCAUUCCGCUGUCACCGGGUCGUCUUGGCUUGUGUCAGCCAGUACUUCAGGGCUAUGUUCAAUUCCCCCAUGACAGAGAGUAAGCAAAAUGUAGUGACCAUUCAGGACAACAAUGUGGAUGCAAGCUCUUUAGAACUCCUCAUUAGGUAUGCAUAUCUGGCGAAACUGAAAAUCACAGUGGAGAAUGUUCAACCGCUUCUUUACGCAGCUUCAAUACUGCAGGUGGAACCUGUGGCUGAGGCGUGCUGUAAGUUUAUGAAAAGGCAUCUCCAUCCCUCAAACUGCAUUGCUGUGAAGAACUUCGCUGAGCAACAUGGUCGCUCUGUGCUGAUGAAACUUGUGGACGAAUUUAUAUGUGAAAAUUUCGUGCACGUGGUGGACAGCGAUGAGUUCGUGAACUUGUCUCCAGGAACUCUGGAGUUAUUGCUUCGUCAAACAGAGCUCAAUGUUGACAACGAGGCUCAGGUUUACGAGGCUGUGAUAAAAUGGGUGAGGCACGACAUCACCUUCAGAAAGGCGUUUCUGCCCCAGCUGAUGGCCAAGGUCAAACUGCCCCUCCUGUCACCCACAUACCUCAUGGAACAUGUGGAGAGUGAGGACUUGAUCAGGAAGAACCUUGAGUGCCGAGAUUUCCUGGACGAGGCCAAGUAUUAUCAAAUGUCAUUGGUCAGCCUAGUCCCUGAUGUCAAAGUUACUGAACGUGCACGGCCCAGGAAGAGUUAUGCAGGUGUGCUGUUUUGUGUGGGGGGCAGAGGUGUGUCAGGAGAUCCUUUCAGGAGUACAGAGUGCUAUGAUGUCAGAAAAGACUGCUGGUUUAAAGUCUCAGACAUGAUUGCACGAAGAAGACAUGUCGGUGUAUGUUCAGCAGGAGGCUGCGUGUACGCUGUAGGAGGGCAUGAUGGGAAGGAUCACCUGUGUAGUGCGGAGAUAUUUGACCCAGAGAUCAACAGAUGGACGGAGCUCACCUCCAUGGCAACCGCCAGGCGUGGCAUCGCCCUGGCCUGUCUGGGUGGGCCUAUCUACGCUGUGGGAGGCCUGGAUGACAAUACCUGUUACAGUGUGGUGGAGAGGUAUGACCCCCGGUCUGACACAUGGACCUUUGUGUCUAACAUGAACAUCCCACGAGGGGGCGUCGGGGUGGCAGCUCUAAAGGGUCACCUGUACGCAGUGGGCGGAAAUGACGGGACAACCUCGCUGGACUCAUGCGAGUCUUACGACCCUUUUCUCAACAAGUGGUCUGUCAUCAGCAGUAUGGCUAAUCGCAGGGCAGGAGCAGGGGCCGCAGUGCUUAACGGCUGCCUUUAUGUUGUGGGUGGCUUCUUUGACAACUCUCCUCUAGACACAGUGGAGAGGUACGACCCAAAAACCAACAGCUGGACAUUUGUGGCCAGGAUGUCCUGUAGUCGAGGUGGUGUCGGAGUUGCCUCCCUUGGAGGUUUGCUAUAUGCUGUAGGGGGUCACAAUGGCAAGAAUUAUCUCAACUCAGUGGAGGCUUAUGACCCGCUGGCAGAUCGCUGGACAACCGUGAUGUCCAUUCCAGAGUGGCGAGCAGGGGCGGGGGUGGUGUAUUGUGACUCACCUGUCAAGGUCGUCCAUCAGGCAGCCAGGCGAGGGGCAGUGAGCUGUGUAUGA